UAGCAGAGUUGCUGAUACACAAACACAACUAUCAUGGCGCCCGCGUGGUCUUCAACUCUCUCGCCCCUUGUUGCAUCUGCCGUCUGCGCAAGCUUCGCGACGGCGACGACGUGGUUAGGCUGCCGGAGAAUGCCGAGCAUGGGGCGCUCACAGACGCUAGGUGGCCAACCUCCUCUCCUCCCGAGAGACCAGCUGAAAAGAAAACCUAUCGUGGCGCAUGUCCAAAAGGAAACUGGGAACGAUGUGAUGGUCAGCACGGAGGGGUUGCUCCAAGCUCAGCUUGAGCUCUACCACCACGCCAUGGCGUACGUCAAGUCUGCGGCGCUCAGGGCAGCCGCGGACCUACGCAUCCCCGACGCAAUUCACCGCUGCGGUGGUGCCGCCACCUUGUCCGACAUCGCCACUGAGAUCGGCGUCCAGCCGACGAAGGUUUCCCACCUCCGUAGGCUCAUGCGUGCCCUCACCAUCCUUGGCAUCUUCCUCGUCGGCCAAGGCCCCAACGGUGAGGCCACUGAUGUGCACUACAAGCUCACCUCGGUCUCGCGCCUCCUCUUGGAGGGCAGCUCAUGUACCCAGUCUCCCAUCGUGCGCGUGCUCGUGGACCCGCUGUCCUUGACCGCUCUCUGCAGCAUAGGGGAGUGGUUUACUGAUGAGAGAGCCUCGGCCCUCACACUCUUCGAGGUGGCGCAUGGGUGCACGCGGGAGGAGAUGACGGCGAAGAAGGGCACUCGUGGCGUCUUCAAUGUUGGCAUGAUCUCCGAUAGCCACCUCCUCAUGGAGACCAUCAUCAAGGAUCACCGUAACAUCUUUGAGGGCGUGAGCUCCCUCGUUGACGCUGGCGGUGCCCAUGGUGCCACGGCGGAAGCCAUCGCUAAGGCUUUCCCUCACAUCAAGUGCACCGUGCUUGACCUCCCACAUGCAAUCGCGGGGGCACCUGCCAUCGCCAAUGUUGAGUUUGUUGCUGGCGAUUUGUUUGAGUAUGUGCCACCAGUAGACGUUGUUCUACUCAAGUGGGUUUUGUGCUUGUGGCAGGAUGAAGAUGCUGUCAAGGUACUACGACGAUGCAAAGAAGCAAUAACCAGUAGAGGUGCCGUAGGGAAGGUGAUAAUCGUCGAUGUCGUGAUAGACUUCGGGAUGUCGCAGGAUGAUGUCCUUCUUAGGGAGACACAGGUUCUAUUUGAUGUCCAAAUGAUGCGUGUUGACGGGGGUGAGCGAGACGAGCAGCAGUGGAGGAAGAUUUUCUUUGAAGCCGGAUUCAGGGACUAUAAGAUCACUCCAAUGCUAGGAUUUCGAUCCAUAAUUGAAGUCUACCCUUGAAUGCCGCCCACCCUGAUAGAAAUAAAGCAGGAUUCAUGGUUUGGUAUGGUUUGCUACAGAAUAAUGUCUUGCAUUAGCAGACAAUUUAGACAAUAAAGUUUUCCAUAAUAUUUGUCGUCACUAUUCGCACGGUUCCAUGUCCGUGUUUCUUAUAAAGUUAGGAAAUCAGACAUAGUGCGUUUGUUCAUAAGACAAUCAGAUAAUAUUCUUUCUGGUAAACGAUGCAAUCUGCCUUCUGUGCUAGUUUCCGGGGUUUUGUUGGGAAAUAAACUUGUUGGGCUGGUUCGGCCGAGUCAGUUCACUAAAUUUGUUGGUUCUUUU